AUGCCCAUGAACCCAAGAAAAGACCGAAAGACGCCCAUGAACCCAAGAAAAGACCGAAAGAUGCCCAUGAACCCAAGAAAAGACCGAAAGACGCCCAUGAACCCAAGAAAAGACCGAAAGAUACCGAAAGACGCCCAUGAACCCAAGAAAAGACCGAAAAGACCGAAAGACGACCAUGAACCCAAGAAAAGACCGAAAGAUGCCCAUGAACCCAAAAAAAGACCGAAAAGACCUAAAGAUGAUCAUGAACCCAAGAAAAGACCCAAAGACGCCCAUGAACCCAAGAAAAGACCCAAAGACGCCCAUGAACCCAAGAAAAGACUGAAAGACGCCCAUGAACCCAAGAAAAGACUGAAAGAUGCCCAUGAACCCAAGAAAAGACCGAAAAGACCGAAAGACGACCAUGAACCCAAGAAAAGACCGAAAGAUGCCCAUGAACCCAAAAAAAGACCGAAAGACGACCAUGAACCCAAGAAAAGACCGAAAGACGACCAUGAACCCAAGAAAAGACUGAAAGACGACCAUGAACCCAAGAAAAGACCGAAAAGACCCAAAGACGCCCAUGAACCCAAGAAAAGACCGAAAGACGACCAUGAACCCAAGAAAAGACCGAAAGACGACCAUGAACCCAAGAAAAGACCGAAAGAUGCCCAUGAACCCAAAUAAAGACCGAAAAGACCCAAAGACGACCAUGAACCCAAGAAAAGACCGAAAGACGACCAUGAACCCAAGAAAAGACCGAAAGACGACCAUGAACCCAAGAAAAGACCGAAAAGACCCAAAGACGCCCAUGAACCCAAGAAAAGACCGAAAA